UCGUAGUUGUCUAUAGUCUAUAUUACAUUAUUUUAUGACGUGUUUUUAUUGCAUGAAACAGUAAAAUUACUUUAUUGUGGUUAGAAUUUUUAAAGUUUAAUAAUGAAUUGAAGCUCUUUUUGUGAAAAUGUGAUUUUUAAAAAUAAGGAUUUCUCAUAAUCUUUUUUAAGUCAUGUAAAAAUAGAACAAUACUCAAAAGAUUUUAACGUACGGGUUAAAACUUUAAGUUUAGAUGAGUUUAUUAAAUGCUAAAAAUGUUCAUGCAAAUGUACAAUGAUAUCUAUACUAAAACACAUUGUGCUAUAAAAGCUGCGCUUUGUAUUGUUUCUCUAAAAACAGAAAUUAUUACAUUCCUAUUAAAAUUAUAUACUCACAUCAAUGCAUAGUUAGUUAUUUUCUCCAAAAUAAAGUAAAGACUAUUGGCAAUGGAUGUUACAGUAACCUAUAAUAUUAAUGUGAUAUAACGAAGACAAUAAUUUUGUACUAAUGGCGAUACCUCCUCCAGACCCAAUAUACCUUUUCCGAAGUGAUAUGGGCAGUAUUCAUUCUAUUCUUUUUCAAAUAACUCCAAAUGUAGAAUUUCUUCAUGCAGGCACUGCUAAGGGAAAUGUUCACAUUUGGGAUUUAAAUAUAAAUCGAGAAUUAAGUUUUAUUAAAUCAGGACAAGAAUGUUGUUUAAGUUUACAAAGUUUGGAUAAUGAUGAUUUAUUUGUACAACAUAAAUGUGGUUUAAUAAAGGCAUAUAAAAGAACAGAAUCCCAUUGGAACCAAUAUAAAUCGAUUGAAACAGACUUUUAUCAUUAUUGCAGGUUUCAAACACUUUCUCAGAACCAGCUACUUGUACCACUUAAAGAAUCAAAAGUUGGAAUAUUAUCUACACGUACAUUUAGUAUGGAAUUAGAAUUGAAUUCUUCAAAUUUUAAAAAUUUAGGAGAAGUAAUGGUAAUCAAACCAUUGAAAGAUGAAAAAUUGGUUUUAAUAGGUUACGAAUGUGGUAAGUUAAUUUUAUGGGACAUCAGGCAAAAAAAGACAUUGAAUUAUUUAACAACAGAACAGUGCCCAAUGGCCUUGGAUUUUGAUACCACCUUAAUGAAAGGAAUCAUUGGUGGUCCUUCUAAUCAAUUACAGGUAUUUACUUUAUCAGAAAAUCAUUUAUUAUGUGAUAAAACUAAAAUUACAUUAAAGAAUUCUGGUACUUCUGUAAUCACUAUAAGACCUGAUGCUAAGAUUGUAGCAGUUGGUGGUUGGGACAGUCGAAUUAGAAUAUUUUCUUGGAAAACUUUGAAAGCGUUAGCUGUUUUAAGUCAGCAUAGAGAUACAGUACAGGACAUUGUAUAUUCCUCAGAUACAGUAAAAAUGUAUGACGAUAAAUGUAUAAUGGCUACAGCUGCAAAAGAUGGAUACAUUGCAUUGUGGGAUAUUUACAAUUAAAUUAACUUUGGAAAAUAAUUCGUUACCUUAAAAUUGUAUACA